UUUUUGUUUUUUUUUUUUUAAAUUUAAUUGAUCCUUCUAAUAGAUUUUUUUCUGGAGAGUUUUUGUGUGAAGAGUUGAGGAGAUUUAAUAAUUGGUUGGAUUGAUGACACGUGUGAUUUGUAAUCGGCCAUGGUGCAGCUCUGUGCGUUGUAACCCUACCCCUGUUGGUCCCAGUGACAGUGGAGAUCAGAGAUGGGCAGAUAGGCCCAGCUUUCAGUUAUUUCUCAUUAUUGAAUAAUUACACCAAUUUCAGACUUUGCAAUUGUUAGGUUUUGAUUGCAAUGAUUGUAACUAUGAGCCACCCCAAGGCCGAAUUCCUAGUAUGUUCUAGUUGUGUGCCUGAAGGAGGUGUAGCGAUAUAUUCACUGUUAAUUUAGAGCCAGCAUAUAUAAAUAUCUAUUUAUAAUGGCUCUUCUCUCCCAUUGAAUUUCCUUGUGUCAAAGUUCCACCUUUGUGUAAAUCAACUGCAGCCAGGACUAAUUGAUUUAAAAAAAAAUUAUUUGGAAGAUCAAUAGCAUGGAAAACAAAUAUACUGAUGAUUCUGAGUGAGACUAAUUAUUGAUCAGAUGUUACAAAUCUCCACCCCACCCCCCAAUGAGCCCCCCUUCUCCCCCCCACGGGACAAGCACACACGAAUAUAGAGGCUUGGUAUUGAUCCUCUGCUUUAUGGAAAAUUUGUCAUAGAGGGACUCAAUGUGUCAAUAUUUGUUUAAAUAGAAAGCCUUCAAUGUGUAAGUGUGGUAUGUAGAAUUUGAUUGGUCGAGGGCGUGUGUACACAAGCUGUAAGAGCUUUUGGCUAUUAGGUUGUCAUCAGAGAGGAAGCGUGUUGAACAGUCAGUGUUACAGGGCUGUAGAAAGAGGAGAAAAGUAUGUGUGAUUAGUGUGCUGCAGCAUGUACGUAUGCUAUUAUACCUACCCAGGAGGAUCGCACCACACCCCCACCCUAACGGCAGCACCGCAGGCCGCCACCAUCCCCGUCACUGAACCGUUACUUGUCCCCGCCACCCAGGCCACUCUACCCCCACAGACAGGAAUCCCGACCCUCGGCAGUCACAUCCCCAUCACGGUGUGCAGAAAGGUAAGGAAAAAGGAGGCUGAUGUACCUAUAGAUUUGUGUGUCACCUGUAUGUGAUAUUUUUAGUAUCAGUGUGAGACCCUCAUAAGAAAUCUGUGGGCUGCUGGGAGGUAUUAGUCCUGCUAACACCUUGUGUACACUUAGUCCUGUUUGUUUGAAGUUGUAUUUUAUUGUCAUGGAAAUAGAUGGAUCUGAGAGCAGUACUUGAAGUGAAGUACAAAUAUUGACUGAGCUGUUUAAUGUGUGUCAUUUGUACUUUCUCAUUAGCCACCAGGGCCAGACCAAUUUUUCUAUGGAUGUUUUGUUAAGGUUUUACACCAGUAAUCUUUCCUUUGGAUUUGAUUAACUGCAGAACAAACAACUGUAAAAACAAAAUGUUGUUUUUUUAAUUUCUUGAGAAUUUUGUCUGAACUGGCCAGAGGUGAGCCUUAUCGUUCUUCUUCUGUAGAAGCAGCUAAUUACUGCAUUCUGGUUCAAGUUUGGUGAAGGAUUGUGGGUUUAGAAUUUUGGAGUUUUAUAUUAGUGUCAUAAAAUAUAUCUGAUGUGUAAUCUUGGGGACAGUAAAUCCUAGGUUCUCUACCCGUCCAAACAAUUCACUGAUAACAUAACCAAUGUAUUGAUCAGGCAGACUUUUGGGAAAGGUGAGAAAUUGUCUGGGACAGCAGAAAACUUCAAAGGAAAGGGGUACCAGAGAGAGGGGGCACCUAUCUCUUAAGCAGAGGGGGGGAGGGGGGUUACUGGAGAGAGGGCACCUGCUGUCUCUGAGGGGGUACUGGAAAGAGAGGUCACCUGUCUUUGAGGGGUGAAGGAGUACUGCCAAGAAGUUUCUCUGUCCUUGUUAUCAAUAAAAUCACACCAUGUCCCCAGGAUUUUAUUACAGGAAGAAAAUCUGACAUUUUAUUUCCUGUCUGGAUUUCCCUCUUUUUUAAGAGUGUGAUUUUGAUUUUAUGUAAAUUGAAGUACCUUUUCUCUGAAUAGCAUUGAAUAGUAUUGUUUUAUGUUAGAGGUUAACAUUCUUGGGGUUUAUUUAGAAUGGCUUUGUCUACUGUGGUCAGUUUAAGGGUCACCCAGAAAGUAAAACAUGUGUAGUGGAUACUUCAAAUAACAUUGAAUAGGCUGCACCUUUAAUUCAUCAGAAUGAGGUGCUAGUGUGAGGGAAGGAAUGUGGUGUUGGAUGCUGACACACAGGAGUAUGCCAUAUACAAUUUGAUGGUCAUUAUUGAAUUAACUCUGAUGUACAGAGGAGCUCUAUAUUGAUAGUGACCGGGGCAGUUUGUAAGACAUGCUGCCAGGUUUUGUGAGUAGGAGAAUGAUUAGCUGUGAACACUGAUCUGCUCUGAUAAACAGACUCAGUCUCUCUCGGUACUGAGUACUUAUCUUCAGGAAACAACUUCAUCUGUCCUUCCUUGUCCCUCAGGAAAUCUCUCUGCGUCACAGGCCCCGCAGGAAGCGUGGCAGCAGGAUCCAGGAAACUUUAUAAGUCUUCAUCUGUGAUACACCAGACCCCAAAUCUGACACACAAAUUCCUGUGUUCUCCUCACACACUUAUGAGUGCUUGUUAAUCCUUAUAAUGGAGGUUAAUUCAUUGUAAGGGCUUAGUUAUUUUGUCAUGCAGAGUCCUGGUGUGUCUUCACUCAUUAUAAUGUGACAAGUCCCUGCUUAUGAUUGUUAUGAUCUGUGACUUUCAAUUACUAAUGUGUUAUAGUUUUAUAUAUGAUUAAGCUUUGUUGUAGGUCCUGUUUCUUUGUCUCCUAAAUUAGACUCAGCUUCUCUUCACAAACAGCUGAAGUUUUGUCCAUGUUUGACAUCCAGCUCUCAGACACCUGACAUCAUGCUCUGUGACCUGCGAUGGUCAAAGUCGAUUUCUCCUAGAGACAGAUGAAAUGAUGAUAUCAAUUUCUUCUCCUCUCGCUUCAUCACACUUUGUACAUUAUCAUAUUUAGGGCAGAAAAAAUUCAUUGAAGGGGAAUUUUGAUGUAAAAAGUAAAUCUCUCAGAAAGAAGGCUGUUCAGAGGUCAAAAAUGGUUUCAUUUUAAUGUAAUUUUUUUAUGUUAGGAAGUCAAAAACGGUACAAAAUCUAGUGUUGGCGGGAGAACCUCCUUAAUGCAUUGACAAAGAGAUUGACCACUCACCCAUAGGGCAACAAAUGUUCGUGUAUUUCAUGGAAGUUUGCAUUUUGUGUUAAACAAACAAGACACAAAUCAACACUUGUUUGCCAUUUGCCUGAACUGUUGUGGAAUAAUUGAUCUCAAGUCUGUGUUGUUAGACAGAGUUAAUAUUUUAAGGAAAUCGGAUAUUUUUAUUUUGUGAUUGUUUUCAGUAUUAUACAUGAAAAAUAAACAUUGAUAUUGAUAUUCAAAUAGAUGGGGGGAAAAACAAAAGUUGAUAUUUCCUGCUACUGAUAAAUGUUGACCUGGUGGAGUGUGGUAGAUUCGAUAGUGUCCCCCCCCCCCCCCCGGUGGAUGAUUUACCUUGCAUCCAAUAUGUUAUUAAAAUGUCGAUAUCGCAAACAAAAAAAGAUAACAGGCAAGGAGACAAAAAGGAAAUAAAUCCAUAAUUUGGGGAGCAAUUGUGGGUAGAGAAAAUAAAAUGUGCUGCCAAACGCUGUUGUCCAAAUGAACACAGGACAAUAUGGUGCAGUAUUGACUGUCUAUUGUUGCUCUCUAGACAAACAUGCUGGAUAUUAGAUAUAUUGCCUAAUGCUAAUAACGACUAAUGUAACAGGUAAAUUAGAAAGGUAUAAAAUGCAGUCGCAUGAAAAUGUUUGAGGUUAGUAUGGAUCACCUGGUAAAGUACCUCUGGUGAUAAUUUGAAGUUUUAUUAAAAAUCUUGUGAAGAAAAUGAUAAGGGAUAUAUUGCAAGUGUGUUAUUAGUAGAAUUCCUAAUUCAAAAAAUUGACAUAGUAAUAAAAAAAAAACAUAGUGUGUAGUGUGUAGUAAUAUAGGAACAUAGUAUAUAGUAAGAAAAAACAUGGUAAUGAAACAAAAAGGUUUCUUUUGUAUGAAAUAGAGAGAGAGAGAGAGAGAGAGAGAGAGAGAGAGAGAGAGAUUUCCUGGUAUUUAUCAUUGAUUUAGAUUCUCUGGUUAUCAGUGAUUCAGAGAACUGUAAACAACCCUGGAAAUUAAAAUUUCAUUUUUGAAUAAUAUGGAGUAGCGACAAGGUCUGAUAGAAUUCACAGAAAGUUGAUCACAAGUGCCCUGAACAUUUGUAGAGCAGAUAACAGCUGAUAAUGUACAGUUAAUGGAGCACCAGGUGAAGGGGGCAGCCUGACCCCCAGGGGGACACAGGUAUUACAUCACCUGUCUAUUGUCUGCAGUCACACCUGGUGGCCAGCAUUUAAUUAGCAAAACCUGAGGAAGGAAUUAAAAUCAUCCUAAACAAAGGGGAAGAAAUAACCAGUCAAGAUCGGGAAAGUGUCAAAUUAAAAAAAGUUAAAAUGUUAAAAAUUGGAAAGAAUUAGAAUGUGUGCCCAGAGGCAGUGCAUUAGGUGAAAAAAUAUAUAUACAGGCAGGAAAAUCUCUUAGGAAAAUAUACCAGCUUUUACACUUAGCCUUUUGUUAUUUUGAUAAACAAAAUGAAGUAGUUGUUCAGAAAACUUAAUCUCCAUUUCAAUUACCUUACCAGGGUUCCAUUAAUAUUUUAAAAUAAUUGAAGUUUACAUCAGGAGGGAUGUUAUCAUCACUGUAGAUUGUAAAAGGUUGUUGUUUUUGGUUGUUUAUUUUUUAAUUGUUUUGUGAAACUAAAGGUACUUGAGACCCCUGUGACAAAUUCCACGGACAUUGCUAUCUCAGCUCGUACACACAGGGUUUUUGUCAAGUAUUAGUACUUGUCGGUAGGAUAUAAGAGUGUUGAGAUUACAUGUGAUAUUAGUGUGCUAUCUGGAACAUUGUGAGAAUAUUGUUUUAAAGAUGAGUAGAUAAAUGUGUCCAUUGUAGAGAAGUUGACCUGAGUGAAACAGAGGACGGGUCAGAGCAAGUGUUUCAUGAUAGGCGUGAGGGGUGUGUGUGGGGGUGUGUCAAUAUUUACAAAAGUCAGGAUACUUAAACGAGACGUGUACUAAUGUCAUCACAAGUCUCCAGUCCGUUAAACACUAUAUUAACCCAUAUAUUGCCUUACACCCGUGGUAUAAAUAAGUUCUGAUUUUCUUUGAAAAGCGUGAGGUGGUAUUUAAAUUUUGAGGAUCUUGGGUACACACGAUAUUGAUUGAUUGCAAUGAAAAUUUAUCUGUGUAAAGUAAAAAUGGUCUGAGGGAUUAUGAGUGUUUGAACAAGACUGGUUGCCGUGGUAUCGGUGAGGUGUUUUGAGGAAAUUAGUAUUAUAUAUAUAGUUUGUCUGUUUCCCCCCUGGGGAUGUGUUAGGAUCAGAUAGCAGGGUCAUGGGUGAGCUGUGAUCGCUAUCUCGCUGUUUUUGUCCCUGGUGUACAUUAAAUCUGUCUGUGACCAUUGUACCUAUAUAGAUAUCCACAAGUAUCACAAAAUUACUUGGUAAGGGGGAUAACUCUAAUUACCUUGAUUGGUAAAUGACACAGAAUGAAAGAGCAGUUUAAAUUUAAUGGUUACUGUAUGUUGUUGUUGUUUGUUGUGUAUUACGUGAAUGGUGAUAAUUGUAAUGGAAAAAAACCUGAUGAGAGGAUCGAAUGACGUGCGAGGAGUUUUAUCACCAUUACAUUUAAUAGAAGAAUACUGUACAUAUUCAAUUGUGAUUUAAAUAUCUCUGGGCUAUUUGCUUAUCCUAUUAUAAAAUUGAGCAAUCUUUAUCAAGCGAAAUACACACAUUCACUCCACAAAUUAAGAAUUAGGGGAAUCAGUUAAGUCAUAAACACUAGCCAAUAAAUAGUUGUAAGUAAACAAGUAUGAGGGUUUAGCUAGUGUGUAAAUCCCUGGGAUUAUAGAGCUGUGGAGAUCAUUGAAUUAAUUAACCAGAUCACUCUGUACAGACACAUUAUCAAUUAAAAACUUAGGCAUCUCAACUCUUACAAAUGACACCCGAUCUCAAUGACACCCGAUUUCUGAACAGAUACAAGUAGAUUCGUGCAUCUUGAUAUUGCGAAACUGAGGGGGAAAUGGGUCUUUGUUGGUAACAACGCGACAAUAUUAUUGGUUUAGCACGGCUGAGCUGGCAGCGUGCUAUAUACCUUUCCAUUAUUCGUCAAUGGUUGACUGACUGGCUGUGUGUGUGUAUUGAGUGGGCUUCUCUUUCUCCAGUCUUUUUUUCUCUGGAUUUCUCUGCUUUCUGUUCCUUGGUAAGUAUCAGGUGAUUGUUAGGGAGUGGUGGGGAGGGGGCACAGGACAUGACUGAUUUCAUUAACUAAUUAUGUGACAUUAUCUUGUCACUUUCAUUUCAUUUUUGGGUCACACCUCAGAAGAUUUUAGAUCCCUGCCUGUGGAGGGCUGGAUCCCCCGCUAUAGAUUGUAUCAGAUAAAAGUGAUUAAGUAUCACCUGUAAGUGUGAUUGUACCUGUUUAAAUGUGUGAUUUCUUGGGCGGUUUUAUGAGCUGGGUAUUGUUACAUUGGCAGUGGGAGAAUGCUGUAGUACAGGCUUAAUGGAUGGAAUGAUUGUUAUAGUAGUUAAAGUGAAAUGUCAGCUCCCAUUCCCUGCCAUUCUGAGAGAGCAUUACAUAGGGCCCAGUGUUCACCAUGAAUUGCUUAAGUUGAUUAAUUCAGAUCAAUGCCCCCGUUCAGUGGUGCUGGAUCAAUGAGGAGUAUAUAUUGUCACACAAGCUGUGGCAUAUUGUUCAUCUGCAUUGUGUACUGAUAAGCUAUUGCAUCUGUCACUAUCAUAGUAGCCACGGAAACGGAGGAGAGUUCAGUCAGGUCACCGCUGGCCUGUCAAGGACUCAAAGAAUGCGACCCUCUGACGACCUCAUGUCACAGUCACCCAUGGUAACCAAUGGGACGAGCCCCCCACACCUGUCUGGCUCCGACAAUGACGCAAAAAAGGUGAAACUCGAACAGAAUUCCGCCAAUGGUCCCUCACGCGUGGUUCACAUUCGGAGCCUGCCUCCCGACUGUACAGAGGCAGAUGUCGUCCAGCUAGGAAUGCCGUAUGGGAAAAUGUCAAACGUCCUACUGCUCAAACAGAAAAACCAGGCUUUUUUGGAGUUUCUGGAUGAACAAGCAGCUGUUACUAUGGUUAGCUUUCACCAACAGAAUCCUGCUCAGAUCCGAAUGAAACCUGUCUAUGUGCAAUUUUCAAAUCACAAAGAGCUCAAAACAGACCAGGCCAAUUCUUUUCAGAAUGCCACAGCUCAGGCAGCUUUGCAAGCCGCUUCCGCAGUAAUGGGGGGCCCCACAGAGGAGGGACAGAAACGCACUACGCUCAGAAUCAUCGUAGAACACCUAGUCUACCCCGUGGGAAUCGAGGUUUUAUACCAGAUCUUCUCCAAAUUUGGCAAGGUCUUAAAGAUGAUCAUAUUCACCAAAAACAAUUCAUUCCAAGCAUUGAUUCAGAUGUCAGACCCAGUCGCAGCAAAUGCAGCAAAGUUGUCUCUUGAUGGGCAGAAUAUUUACAAUGGCUGUUGUACUCUACGGAUCGACUACUCCAAAUUGAACAAUCUUAACGUCAAAUACAACAAUGACAAAAGUCGUGACUUCACAAACCCCAACCUACCCAGCGGGGACCCAGGUCUCGAUCAGGCCAUGCCGUUCGGAGGUUCAGGAAGCCUGUUGACAUCCAUGGUUCCGGGGAUGGGAGGAGCGCCACUAUCGGCGUACGGCGCCGCCAAUGUGGUGGGAGGCACACCUGUUUAUGCAAAUAACUUCAGUGGAAACAAUUCAGCUCAAGUUCCACAGAUGUCCAGUUAUGGUGUUCCGAGCGCUCUGGGAGCCGCCAGGAUGAUGACUCUGAAUGCAGCCGCCGCGGCUGGCAAUGCAGUGCUGCUGGUGUCCAAUCUGGACGAACAGAAGGUUACGCCCGACGCUCUCUUUACCCUUUUUGGCGUGUAUGGGGAUGUGCAUCGAGUGAAAAUUCUGUUCAACAAGAAAGAUAAUGCCCUGGUGCAAAUGGCUGAACCUCAUCAAGCUCAGUUAGCGAUUGCUCACUUGGACAAAGUGAAGGUGUGGGGUAAAAACAUCCGGGUGACACAGUCUAAGCAUACGCUGGUCCAGAUGCCCAAGGAAGGACAGCCGGAUGCCGGGCUAACAAAGGAUUUCACUACUUCCCCUCUCCAUCGUUUCAAACGCCCUGGCUCCAAAAACUGCCAGAAUAUCUUCCCUCCAUCAACAGUGCUGCAUUUAUCCAACAUUCCACCCAAUGUAGAGGAGGACUUCAUCACAGAUGCGUUUUCUCAACAUGGUCAAGUGAAAGCAUUUAAAUUUUUUCCGAAAGACAGAAAAAUGGCACUGAUACAGAUGGGAAGUGUCGAUGAGGCGGUGACGGCACUAAUUGCUAUGCACAACUACCCCUUGAGUGACACAAACCACCUUCGAGUCUCAUUUUCCAAGUCCACCAUUUAGCGUGUGCAGUGUGCAGCAAAUCAUGACAUUACUGAACAUUGAUAAGAAUUGCCUCCCUUUGUGGGGGGGCGCUGGUGGUAUAUGUGAAGUGCCUUUAAUUGGUAAUGGCAUUGGAGUUUUACAGAUGCCAUGUUGAAUGUGCAAUGAUCUCACAUUUACCAUACUUGUCCAGUGUGGUGUAAGGGAGGGGCAGUCUAGAAAUCAGGGCUGAUUAUUUUGACCAGGGAUUAGUCAGACUGACCAUUCUGUAUACCACACUGGAUCCCCAGGGGUCGAAUUUGUUCAGUUUCAAUUUUUAAUAAUUGAUUUAUUUUUUAUUGUUGAAAUUGUUGGUCAACUGUAUGUUUCCUGACCAGGCACUGCAGUAUUUUUUCAAUGUCCCACACAAGAAAUCCAUGAGUAUAUAAUUAUAAGCCUGGUUUUCAUUGGUGCUGAGUCCAGCAUUCAUAUCGAUUACAUCAGUCAGCUUUAAAUCUACCAAAGGACAUACUUUGUCCAAACAUUCAGGGGAACUGGAUCAUUGACUGUAGUAUCAGUUACCAUAGCAAUACAACAUGGCGGGGGGUAAACUGCUGUCACCGACACAAAUGGAUCUGAGGAAAUAAAUGGGAACAAAGUCAUUUUUUGUACUAUGUUGAUGUUUUCUAGCUUUUUUUUUUUAUCAAGACGGAGAUGUUUUUAUUUAUUUUACUGCUGGUUUCUGAUUUUUUUGUGAACCACAGUUCAGAGAUGUUACAGAUCAACUGUUAAGAUAUUACUACAUUUUUGUAAUAAAACGAAUCAAAAUUA